AUGCAUAAACCAUCUCUCGCUCAGCUCGUCUACAAUGCAACGUUUCCGCGACCUCGUACGAGUGAUCCGGCCUCGUUCUCCGCCCAUAUUACACGGAAUUUGGUACCUGAAGUUCGGGUUGAGACAUCGACCUUCUACGGUUCGCUAGAUUGCAUCGAAGCUCAAUAUCCGGGUCUCGACUACUCCUACGGUCCUCAUCGGAUGCGACUGGGCCGGUUUCCGUGGCAUCGCAAGCUAUUCAAGGUCUUCGACGAACUGGGCCUCACGGAAGCAGAGAUCUCCUCGUUAUGUCGAUGGGAGGGUACCAAGUCUGCGCGCGAAAGAUAUGAGAAAGAGGAAGACUGUACAGUUCGAGACACAACAGCGGAUAACGUCCGAGUCGCGACGCCGCCGCCAGUACCAUCGGUUCAAAUCCACUCCGAGGAUGUCGCAGCGCUGCACAGCACACAAGAACCAGCAACCGAGGUCUCUCAAGAGAGUGUCACACCUGACCAGAGACGGUUGACACCCUACCGAUCGGAAGGUGAUGAAGAACAAGAAGAAGAAACAAGCGACGAAGAGGUGGAGAGCUACGGAGUGGAGCUGAAUCAUCGUCUUCUAGCUGCUACAGCCGCGCGUGAACGAGGUGCCAAUGUGCCACUUGACGAGGACUGGGAACAGUGGCUGAAAGAAGCGGUGGAAAGAGGAGGCUACCCUGACAUGAUCAAUUCAAUUCGCGGCAGAUCGGACGCCCCUCCGUUCGUUGGUUCUGGCAGUGCCGCCGCCGCUGUCUCUUCUGUGUCAAGUCGGGCUGCACUCUUUCGAGCGUCUGACGAGACCAGCCCUGCUGUGACGGCGCCAGUAGCACUCUCUCUCAGAUCCAACAUGAUCAAAGCUAUCUUUUACAGCAAAUUCGACACGCAGGAGGGCCCCAAGGUCGUCCACCAAGUCCCCGAUGGCGCGAUCGUCCCCUCCGCGACCGCUCCGACGCAACACAUCCUCACCUUCGCCGACAUAUCCUUCUUCGUAAUCCCUCGUCAGGAACUAUGCGGCAACUUGCUCCAAGUAUGUACCGGCGGGUAUCGCAUUCUGGGAUACCCGAUCUGCAUGAAGUCUCCGCGGUAUGACCGGAACGAGUUCAUCUUCAACUUCUGCAUCGUCCUGGCUGAGGAGGAGGACUUCACGACGUACAAGAGCGUAGUGCAGAAAUUGGCGGAUCUGAUGCAUGGUUUGGAGGAGCAGAGCGGGUUUUUGUCGAGGGAUCAUUCGAAGAGUGGAGAGGGGAAGGUGUAUAGUUUAUGUGAGACGUUGAUGGAGGAUUUGAAUAAUUAUUGCGAGUGCAUGAUUCCAAUCGAUGAAUUGAAUACUCUGAACAUCAAACUAUUUCCUAUCUACCCAGCUCCUCCGCAUGUCAAGGCAUGGCAGGUCCCGCUGUUCACGGUCCGAUAUCAGACAUUUAUGGAUGAAAACUGGGAUCUUACCUUGCAAAGGAUCGUUCCCCAUAUCAACGGCGUCAACAGCAUACGCAUCAUUUCGAUUCUCGCAGACGCCGAAUUCUCCCUGACCUGCCGCGCCAUCCGUCACCUCCUCUACUACGGCUGUAUUCUCCUCUUGGACAUAUUCUCCUUCUCAGCCAUAUACGCUCCCACAGCUCAAUUCAGCUCAACAAUCGCCAUAGACGAGGACAUGCAGCGAGAAUGCGCACGCUACGUCAACACCCGUUUCGCCCCGUCGCCAUUUAGCCUGCAAUCACCAUCCAUGAGCACCGCCCCUGGAGCCGCCGCAUCUAGCCAUCGAAGCGACAUCCCAGCGACCUACGCCAGCGUCUAUCGCCAUGACGACGACGACGACAUCUGGCCCUCCGUCGGCGGCAGCGAUGGUCUCAGCAAAGGCAGCACAAGCAUCAACAGCAACAACAAUAGUAGCCUCCGAGAGAUCGUCGACGGCGUCGGCAUCGUCGAGCUAUACGCCAGUCUGCAACAAGGCCAGAGCGUGAAACAAUGGUACGCCCAACACAGCCAACAACUCGCCAACAUCGACGUCCGACGCUUCAUCACUUUCGGCAUCAUCAAGGGCUUCUUAUACCGUGUUCACAAAUACGCCUACGCAACAGGCCUCCCUGCACCCGCUGCACCACACAAUACCGCAACCACCACUACCCCCGCAACAGUCUCCCUCCACGGCGGAAUCAGCUCCAACGCAUCCAGCGUCCCUGCUGACUCGUUCACUGCCGCAGCGGCCUUUUCAUCAAGUAUCCAAAGCAACGAUACCACCCACAUCCACAACGAUAGUAUUCCUUCAUCACUCUCGCGAACAGGUGGUCAUCCGCGCUCCGCCUCUCCUGCGAUGUAUUCUCGAAGUAACGAGGACGAGGACGAUGAGGAUGAUAUUGAUGAUCGGACGCUAUCCAAGUAUUUGGAUGGUGUGCAUUGUUUCGAUCAGAUCUGUACGGAGUUGGAGAUCAGUGAGAAGGAAUUGAUGUCGAGGUUGAAGAGGUAUCCUGGUGAGGUGCAGAUUAUUCAUCGAUGA